AUGAAUUUUAGUGAAAGACGGUCACUCCCCCGCACGUUCUGCGAAUACAGAAAGAAAAUAUAAACAACUUCUGUGGGAUACAUUUAGAAACUAAUAAAAAUCUAGGCAUUCGCAGUUAUAAACCAGGCCUGAAAUAAACUUAUAUUUCUUUAUAAGAACUGAGGAUUAUUAAUUUCUAACAUAAAGCUGAUUUUGCCGUCCAAGGGGUGCCGCCAAAGAAUCCACACUGUCUUCCAAGUAGUGCGGUAACAUAAAAUUACACGAAAAAAUCACCACAACGUUUAUAGGAGCGAAACAAGUUUCUGGCGGACAAAAUGAGCGUGGAGGACGAAGUGUUCCGGAUUCAGAAGAAGAUGAGCAAAAUAUCGACCUCAAGCGACGGGACAGGACAAGAUCAGGCAUUGGAUCUGCUGAAGACACUGCAAACGCUGAGCAUCAACCUGGAAAUACUGACCAAGACACGGAUUGGCAUGACUGUUAACGAACUGAGAAAGAGCAGCAAGGACGAAGAGGUCAUAGCGCUGGCCAAGACGCUGAUCAAGAACUGGAAGCGGUUUCUGGCCAGUCCGGCGCCAACGACGCCGAAUAAUAGCUCGGCCAGCAAGGAGGGCGCCUCCAACAGCAGCAGCGCCUCAAAAACCUCAUCCACCGCCAGUAAAUCGUCCUCCAGCAAGGACAAAUCCAGCAGUAGCAGCAGUUCUUCAAAGGACAAGCGCGAGGAGAAGAGGCCAUCGUCGUCACAGACAUCGUUCCCAUCUGGGGGAAUGACGGAUGCAGUGCGCCUUAAGUGCCGAGAAAUGCUCACCAAUGCCCUAAAGAUUGGCGAGGUUCCCGAAGGAUGUGCCGAGCCCGAGGAGAUGGCGGCCGAGCUGGAGGACGCCAUUUACGCCGAGUUCAAGAACACUGACAUGAAGUACAAGAACCGCAUCAGGUCGCGUGUGGCCAAUUUAAAGGAUCUUAAGAAUCCUGGCCUGCGCGGGAACUUCAUGUGCGGCGCCGUGUCUGCCAAGCAACUAGCCAAGAUGACGCCCGAGGAGAUGGCCAGCGACGAGAUGAAGAAGCUCCGGGAAAAGUUUGUCAAGGAGGCCAUUAACGAUGCCCAGUUGGCCACCGUGCAGGGCACCAAGACAGAUCUCCUUAAGUGCGGCAAGUGCAAGAAGCGCAACUGCACCUACAACCAACUGCAGACCAGAUCCGCGGACGAGCCGAUGACCACCUUUGUCAUGUGCAACGAGUGCGGCAACCGAUGGAAGUUCUGCUAAGUCCCAAAGUCCCACACUCCAAAUCGUACAUCCACCACCACUAUAUUCUUAUUAAUUUGUAAAGACACACAUUUAACAAUUUUGUAUUCGCCGUGCCAGUUUACACGUGGAGGCGCCUAUACUGACCACCUAAGAGAGAUGAGAAAUUUCAAUAAACGAGAACUAUUGAUAAAACUA